UAAAUAUAAGUUUAUUCGAUGCACGUUGGCAGUUAGAGUAGAUACAAAAAACAUUCGCUUACAAAAACUGUGAGGAUGACGGGAUUGAAAAUAGCGUUACUCUUCGGCUGUUUGGCUCUGGUUGCGGGGCGUAUUAUUACUGUACAGAAAACUUCACUGUCUUUGACAGAGGAUUCUGAAGAUGCAGACGAACUAACCGACAUUCUGCGGACCAUUCUUAGCUACUCUGACGUCACUUCCGGUGAACAAUAUGGCGACAUUGUUCAAGGCUGCAGCAAAGGGAAAUGCGAGUUUUGCAAGAAAAUGUACAAAUUUAACGUCUGCUUCGUAGCAACCUUAGAAAAGGACGCUGUCGUGCUAGAGGUUACAUUCGACAAGAGACAGAUAUUCAAAACAGUCAUCAAAGUUCCUAAUCCACCAAAAGUUUGCAAGAAAUCAAUUCCACAUGUUCCGUUUAUAACAGACGUCUGCUUAGAGGUCAAGGACGUAAAUCUCAAGCAAGCUUCCGGUUGCGUCUAUGUCUCCUUCAAGAUUAAGGUAAAAGAAUUCUCGGAGAAAAUUGCGUGUUUCAAGAUACCAACCAGUGAUGGUGUGAACCAGAUAACAGAAACUGAGCGGGGACAGACUGAAGAACAUGGUACCAGAGCUGAAAACCACGAGGAGACAGUAGUUAUGUUUGAGAGUAUGAAUACGACAGCUUAGAUAUUCAAUAUUUCAACCUCUUAUAUGCCGGAAAAAUUAUGGAAUAUAUUAUUGACACUUGCGUGUUAGAAUGCUUGUUCCUUAUAUGAGUUAUAUUAAAUACAUACCCGCUUUUUAUCUCCUUAAUUAACCUAUGUGACCGUACUAUAUAUUCCCAUACUGAAUACGGCUUAAGAUAAUAUCAUAACCAUAUUGCACGGUAAGAACAGUAAGAACCCCAUGAAUCCCAUUAAAGUCGCUUAAGGAUAUUAUACACAUAAUGAGCUAUUUUACACAUAUUGUACACAUUAUGAGCCAUUUUACAAAUAUUGUACACAUAUUGAGCCUAUGCACAUAUUGUACACAUAUUGAGCCAUUUUACACAUAUUGUACACAUUAUGAGCCAUUUUACAAGUAUUUGUUGUGUUGAGCGACCUGUGGAGUUUCCACUUUUUCUAUUGUACACAUAUUGUGCCAUUUUACACAUAUUUUACAGAAUCCUGUUAGACAGCCUUCUAUUAAACACUUGCAUAAUUAAUAUAUUAGAUUCUUUGGUAAAUGUUUACUCUAACAAAAUUCUUGUUAUUCUAUCAUGAUUUCUAACAAUUUUCCCCGAAUAAAAUUGUUUGGAAAAUAAGAUCGACUAAUGCCAUGCUCGUAGUUAACUUAUACGAAAAUAUUACUUCUGCUUUGUAUGUGUGUUAAAAUAGCAAUAAAAAUAGAAGAAAAAACAUUCUUAGUUCAACUUGAUGAAUAAUUAUUUUAAGCCAUAAUGUAUACUAUAGAAUCCUGUAGAAUGUUAUAUUAGUGAGUCCUGUUCAAAGGAACUGAUGUCCAUUUUAGAAAUUAAUCCUGUUUAAAGAUUUACAUGUUCAUUUGAAUUAUAAAAUCCUGCCUAAAGGUGUACAUGCCAUUUGUAAAAAUAAAUUCUGCAUAAAGGUGUAAAUGUCACUUGUAAAAAUAAAUCCUGCCUAAAGGUG